UUCAAUUUGUUAUCAUCACCAAAAACUUAGCAUUAUAUUUAUGGAUACUCCUACAAGACUGUUUGGCAGGCAAAGGCCAAUACAUGCUGUUCUAGGUGGAGGAAAAGUAGCUAACGUGGUGCUGUGGAAAGACGCGAAAGUUUCGGGUGCAAUUUUAAUAGGGAUUGCAGCAAUAUGGUUUCUAUUUGAAGUUGUAAAAUACAAUUUGGUAACUCUACUCUGCCAUCUUACCAUCACCACAAUGCUUAUCAUCUUCAUUUGGUCUUCUGCUGCCCAAUCAUUCAACUGGAGUCCUCCCAAUAUUCCCAGCAUCAUGUUACAAGAUUCAACUUACAGAGAGUUUGCAUUAACCUUGCACAGAAAAUUAAAUUAUAUUUUCUCGAACGUUUUGUAUGUCGCAAGUGGAUACGAUCCUAAACUCUUUUUACUGACGAUUGUUUCUCUUUGGAUAAUCUCGGUUAUUGGAAGCUCUAUCAGUAGCGUUCUUCGGUGA